AUGGAAGCCAACUACUCCAUCCCUCUGAAUGGAUCAGAAGUGGUGGUCUAUGAUUCUAUCACAUCCAGAGUUCUGUGGAUCCUCUCAAUGGUGGUCCUCUCCAUUACUUUUUUCCUCGGGUUGCUGGGCAAUGGGCUUGUGAUCUGGGUAGCUGGAUUUCGGAUGGCACACACAGUCACCACUAUCUGUUAUCUGAACCUGGCUUUGGCUGACUUCUCUUUCACGGCUACUCUGCCCUUCCUCAUCACCUCAAUGGCCAUGAAAGAAAAAUGGCCUUUUGGCUGGUUCAUGUGUAAAUUAGUUCACAUUGUGGUGGACAUAAACCUGUUUGGAAGUGUCUUCUUGAUUGCUCUCAUUGCAUUGGAUCGCUGUAUUUGUGUUCUACAUCCAGUCUGGGCUCAAAAUCACCGCACUGUGAGCCUGGCUAGGAAGGUGAUCAUCGGACCCUGGAUUCUUGCUUUCAUCCUCACUUUGCCCAUUUUCCUCUUCUUGACUACGGUUAGAAUUCCAGGAGGGCAUGUGUACUGUACAUUCAGCUUUGCAUCCUGGGGGGACACUGAAAUGGAACGGUUGAAUGUAGCUAUCACUAUGCUAACAGUUAGAGGAAUCAUCAGGUUCAUUAUUGGCUUCAGCAUGCCCAUGUCCAUCGUUGCCAUCUGCUACGGACUCAUCGCUGCCAAGAUCCACAGAAGAGCCCUUGUUAAUUCCAGCCGUCCUUUACGCGUCCUUACUGCAGUUGUGGCUUCCUUCUUUAUCUGUUGGUUUCCCUUUCAACUGGUGGCCCUUUUAGGCACAGUCUGGCUCAAAGAGUCACUUUUUAGUGGUGGAUAUAAAAUUCUUGACAUGUUGGUUCACCCAACAAGCUCAUUGGCUUUCUUCAACAGCUGCCUCAACCCAAUGCUCUAUGUUUUCGUGGGCCAGGACUUUAGAGAAAGACUGAUCCAUUCCCUGCCUUCCAGUCUGGAGAGAGCCCUGAGUGAGGACACUGCCGAGAUCAGUGGUGCAGGCACCAAUUCUGCUUCAGCUUCUGAAGGCAUCGAGAUAAAGGCAAUAUGA